AAUUUAUUUGGGUUCUUUUACACAGCGCCAGUGCAUUGUCCCAACAAGAACUGCAGGGCAGGAGAUGCAGACUUAUGCCCAGGGCACAGAGAUUUGGAUCAAACAUGAAGAAGAGGUAUGGAUCCAGGCCGAAAUCGUCACAGCGAAUGACAAGGAAAUCAUUGUGAAAAGCAACGAAGAUCCCAAUAGCAGGAUCGUCUUGGGACCUCAUGAGCCGAUUUUCCUCAGGACGUCAGACGUUUUCACCAGUGAAGGUCUUUCAGUUCUGGAUGACCUGUGCCAGCUCACUCACCUGCACGAACCUGCUGUACUAAGCUCCUUGCAGAAUCGUUUUGACAUUGACAAGAUUUACACCUUCACCGGGCCCAUCCUCAUCGCGCUGAAUCCGUUCAAAGGAAUUCCAAAUUUGUACGACGAAGAUGUCUUGCGGAGCUUUAUGUCGACCAAACCUUCCAGCAAACCGCAUGUGUUCAAUACCGCCAAUGCGACCUAUCGGGGCAUUUGCGAUCGAAAGAAAAGCCAGACGGUGCUGAUCAGCGGUGAGUCUGGAGCGGGGAAGACGGAGACCACGAAGUUCGUGAUGAAGUUCUUGGCGAUGGCCGGAGCAUCUGAUGGUGAGGUGACCAACGUGGAAAAGCAGGUUUUGGAAUCCAAUCCACUCUUGGAAGCUUUUGGCAAUGCUCGAACUUUGAGGAAUGACAACUCCAGCCGCUUUGGCAAGUUCAUCGAGCUGCAGUUUCGCAGCAGUGGCAAGGAUGCGGCUUCUUUGGGCGUCGCGGGCGAAAACUGUCGCCUUUGUGGUGCUCGGAUUCAAACCUAUCUAUUGGAAAAGGUGCGGGUUUGUGAUCAACAGGAAGGUGAGAGGAACUACCACCUCUUCUACGAGGCAUGCGCAGCAGCGGCCUUGGCCUCUCAAUCCAACUACUCGUACCCUCAGAGGAUCCAAAACGUCAAGAAGGAACUCACGCUCAACUUGGAGGGCUUCAGCGACCUUUCAACUUUCGCUUACCUCACCCGUUCAUCCUGCAAGACUUUGAAAGAUGUCGAUGACAUUGAGAUGUUCGAGCGGCGUAUCCAUGUGCGGCACUGUCUUUCGGGAGCAAAAACGUAAAGCUAUGGAUUCCAUCCGGACGGAUUCCUCUCUCGAUUCCGGUUUACCGGUGCGAUGUACCAUUUUU